AUGGUGUCAGGAAAAUUGCCAACAUCUGACGUCCAGGGUGUUCUCGGUAAAAAGGCGUCUUUGCCAUGCGACAUUCAGCCGCUGCAUUCCGACGACGCCGUUGUUAUGGUGCUCUGGUUCAAGGAGUCUGAUGGAGAACCGCUUUACAGUUACGACAUCAGAGGUCGGUCGUACAAUCAACCGAAGCUGUGGUCGUCUCCAACGGUAUUCGGAAACCGUGCUUUCUUCCGAGGAGGUGCAACACCGGCGGUUCUUUUAAUAGACAACGUGGCAGCGGUCGACGCAGGCGUGUACAGAUGUAGAGUCGACUUCAAGAACUCUCCAACUAGAAAUUUAAAAGUCAACUUUAGUGUAAUAAUUCCGCCAAGCCGUCCGACGAUUUAUGAUGCCAAGAGAAGAGACAGGACGAAACUAGUUGAGCCUUACAACGAGGGAUCCAACGUUUUGCUCAUUUGUGAGGUGGAGGGAGGUGUACCAAGACCAAGAGUGACAUGGUACCUAGAAAACGUUGUGAUAGACGAUUCGUAUGAGCAACGCUCCGACGGAGUCACAGUCAAUACACUUACGUUUCCUAACGUCGGACGACAACAUUUGAAUGCGCGACUCGUCUGUCAAGCCUCGAAUACUAAUCUAGCGCCGCCGGAAACUAAAGUACUAAUCCUGGAUAUAAAUUUGAAGCCGAUAACUGUGACAAUAUUAACAAAAGAAAAGCAAGUGUCUGCGGAUAAAAAAUACGAAGUAGAAUGUAAGACGUCAGGCUCCCGCCCAGAGGCGUCCGUCACUUGGUGGAAGAAUAAUAGACAACUCAAGCGAAUGGCGAAAAACUUCUCUGAAAACAACGAAACACUUAGUGUGCUUACCCUCGUACCUAGCAUGGAAGACGACGGUAAAUAUUUGACAUGCCGCGCAGAGAACAAACACAUACCAGAUUCAGCAAUCGAGGAUAAGUGGAGGUUGAACGUGCACUAUGUUCCUAUCGUUGAUCUCAAGAUGGGAUCCAAUUUGAACCCUAACGAGAUAAAGGAAGGGGACGAUGUUUACUUCGAAUGUACAGUGAAGGCGAAUCCGAAGACUCAUCGAUUAGUUUGGUUUCAUGACAAUACGGAGAUUUUUCACAACGAGGCAUCUGGCGUUGUACUGAGUGCUCAGAGUCUCGUACUGCAGAAGGUCACGCGGUUGGCGGCUGGUGAUUACACCUGCAUGGCUGCUAACAGUGAAGGGAAAGGAACAAGCAAUCCAGUCUCAUUACAAAUUCGAUAUGCUCCGGUCUGCGCCGAGAUGAAGGACAAUGAGCUGUACGGAGCUCUGAAGCACGAGACGGUAUCGCUCCACUGUGCGGUAGACGCCAAUCCCGCAUUAGUUUCUUUUCAUUGGACUUUCAAUAACUCUGGCGAACAGACUGAACUACCGCCGAGAUUGUACAGCAGUCAUGGUAAUACGUCAACUCUAAACUAUACCCCCACAACGGAUAUGGAGUAUGGGACCUUGGCAUGUUUCGGAGAAAAUGCGAUUGGCAAGCAAAAGGUGCCAUGUCUUUUCCAGUUAGUAGUCGCGGGUCGUCCAUUCCAACUUCAGAAUUGUUCAGUGGCAACAGUUUUUUGUACGUGA